CCACUACACCGAGGACACCACCCAUGCCCGGCAUUUCUGCACGCCAACCUGUGCCAACCAAGGGCGUUCAUCAACGCCAACCUGUGCCAACCGAGGGCGUUCAUCAACGCGCGCCCGCAUACCUCCGCCAGAGGAGCUGCAGGAAGGGAGAGUGACACAUUGCAAACGCUUUGGGGGAAGACGCCACCACUACCGCCGGUCUGAUUAUUUUUCCCUUCUCCGCUGAAACAGAAGGACGGAAAGAGAGAGAGAGGGAGAGAGAGAGAGAAAGAGAGAGAAAGAGAGAAGGAGUCCUUUGGGCAAAGGGGUGGGAGGAAGAGAUUGUGAAAAGGUACCACAUUAGAGAGAGAAAGAGAGGGAAAGUGAGUGUGGGAGAGAGACAAGAGGGUAAGGUGAGCUUAGAGAGGUAUGCCACAGAGACGAGCCAGAGCAGGGAGACCAGAUCAGAGAGCAACACAGCACAGGAGUGAGGGAGUUUGAGAGAGAGAGAGAGAGAGAGAGGGGGGAAAGGAGGACAACAAGAAGGAGAAGGACAGGAGAAGGGUAAGAGCUUCUCAGGUGAGCUGCAGAAAAAGAAAGAGGGAGAGAAAGAGAGAAAACAGGUUGGGGGGAAAACAGAGAAGGAAAAAGAAAUCCUAAGCUAGAGUUCACAGAAACAGUGAACGUGAGAAAGAGAGAGAGAGAGAGAGAGAGAGAGAGAGAGAGAGAGACGAAGAGAGAAACCCAGGCACCUAGUGAUAGACAGAGUUACAGACAGAUCUCUACAACAAGAAAGUGGGUGAGUGAGGGAGGGAGAGAGGGCAAAAAAAGAGAGAGAGAGAGCAUGCCAGAUUUGGAAAGGGGAGAGCGGCAAGCUGCCAUGCAACACAUCAGUGUGCGCCGGCCGCCCCUACUUGGCGGCGGCAGCGGCGCCGUUGGCCGCCCCUGUUGGGCCGCCUGCUGGGCUCUGUGCGCUGCCCUGGUCCUGCUGUCCGCUCAGGUGUGCCUGGCCGAGGACGCCAGCGCCAUCCGCUGCCCCGUGUGCUCCGAGGAGCGGCUGGCCAGCUGCCGGCAGCCGGACGGCUGCGAGGAGACGGUGCGGGAGACCGGCUGCGGCUGCUGCCCGACCUGCGCGCUCCCGCGCGGCGCCCACUGCGGCGUCUACACGCCCCGCUGCGCCACGGGCCUCCGCUGCUACCCGCCGCGCGGCGCCGACCGCCCGCUCCACUCGCUCAUGCACGGGCAGGGAGUGUGCACUGACGAGAGGGAGGUGGAGGAGCGCAAUGCAGCAGCCAUGGAGAGGCAGGGAGAGGAGAGCAUCCCUGAGCAUCCCAACAACAGCAACAUCCGCUGCAGCCCGCAGGACAAGCGCUGCAUCCAGAAGACCCUGGCCCGCCACCCCGUCAAGUCCACCAACCAGCGGAUCAACAACGCCCGCGAGGACCCCAAGGCUGCUCUGGCCCCGUGCCGCGCCGAGCUCCAGAGAGCGCUGGACCGGCUUGUGUCCAACACCCGCACGCACGAGGACCUCUACACCAUCCCCAUCCCCAACUGUGACAAAAAUGGAGACUUCCAUGCCAAACAGUGUCACCCUGCUCGAGACGGGCAGCGGGGAAAGUGCUGGUGUGUGGAUCAGAAGACGGGCAUGAAGCUGCCCGGUCCGCUGGAGCUCCGUGGCGACCUCGACUGCCACCAGCUGAUGGUGGCCCAGGUCCGCGAGUGACUCGUCGCAGGGGGAUUUUUCGAGUGAGGGGCUGUUUUGAGGGACACUUCCCCCUCUGAACCACCAACACCACCAUGUGUCGUACCUGUGGUCCCUGGCCAGAUGAAUUCUACUGGUGCUGAGUAGUUUAACUAUGGAAGGACUUGACCUGAAAACCUCAACCAACUUGGAGGAGGAAUGGUACUUGAGUAUGUUACAAAGAAAGAAAAAAAACAUAGAGAUGUCUUCUUCUAUUAUCAUUGUUUUAUUAUAAUUUUUUGUGACUGUUUUGUGAGCUUAUGUAUGUGUGAAUGGGUGUUUGUUUCUCCGUGCCUAUAUAUAUCUUAUAUAUAUGUCUUCUGAGCACAUGAGUGUCUUUUAAUAUCAGUGAAGUUAUACAAAUGUGCUGGCUUUACAGUAAAUAAAAAGAAAGAUACACUUUGUGAGGAAAGAAAAAAAGAGAUCCAAAUAAACAGCUUUAAAAGCUGAACGUAAAA